CCUGAUUCCCGAGCAGCCGCCCCCGCAGCAGCCUCAAGGCCUCCCCAUAUCCCAGGCCUCUGAGACUCACAAGGGAAGAGCGAAGAGGCAUUCUUCACAAGAAGAGAAAUGGACAGUGGCUUCAGAGCCCUGGGCACUUAAUCCUCUAAGCACCUAGGAAUCCACUCAGCCUUGGACUAUUUGAUUUCCGUGUCUCAAAAACACAGCCAGCAGGUCCAUGGCUGGUAGGCCUGUGCCCCCCGGACGCCAGGAGGAGGAGACUGCCAAAGACCCCGGGUUGAAACAAUCGCUGGUCCGGCCUCCAGGCCAUCUGCCCAGCAUUGAUGAGGCCCGACCAGCAGGUCCGGGCCCAGCCUCCCGCCGCGGCUCAGUGCUGGGCCUGACUUCAUCCUUUUCCCGCCGCAACUCGCUGGCUGGACCAGGCAUGGGUCCUGGGGGCCGGCGACCAUCCUUGGGCCCAAUGCCGCCUUUAGGCUCAAGGAUCAGCUUCUCCGGGUUGCUCCUGGCACCUCCUCGGCGGAUGGCACCCUCAUAUCGCACUGAGCCAGCGCCUGGGGAGCGCUGGGAGGCCACGCGAACACAACAUGCCCUGGAGGAAGUGCUGGCCACAGAACUACAAGACACAGUCUACUCUGGCACCAAGGCAGGGCCCCUGGCGCGGGAGCUGUGCGAACUGGUACACACGCGCCUGCGAGAGCUCAGCCCGCCCCGCUACAAGCUGGUGUGCAGCGUGGUGCUGGGGCAGCACACGGGCCAGGGCGUGCACGUGGUCAGCCGUGCGCUCUGGGACGGGGCACAUGACGGCCUGGCCUCCGCCACCUUCACCAACGCCUCGCUCUUUGCAGUGGCCACGGUCCAUGGGCUCUACUACGAGUGAGGAGGCAUCCAAGUUCUGCA